AUGACAUCAUACACCAACUCGGAUGGAUAUUCCUUUGUUCGAACUGUUUGCACUUUUAGCAAUGUUAGUAGAACAGCUAGCUUUCCGGAGCUAUUCAUUAGUGACAGCGUUGAUAUUCAAAAGAGAAUGCCUGAAUAUCACUAUUACAGAACCUUAUGGUGGGAAAAAGGCGAUUUCCAUCAAAAAGCAAACUGGGAAGAAGUAACGAACUGCGACAGAAAAUGUGGAAAAGAAGCCGAUGCAUCGUUUCGUCCAAAAAAGUUAGCUGUAACUGUGCAAAACAAGAGCGAUGGAAAUAGUCUUCCUUGGCCAAAUUUGGUCGUGGAAGUAGCUUACACUGAAACAUUAGAUCACGUCGAAGAAGCAUUGCGCUACUGGUUAAAUCCUGGUCGUGCUCAUGGUUGUAUUAUUGUAAAAAUUGAUCCGAUUCCCCAAGGUCAAAUACCUACCCGUAUGAGACUUGGCAUCACUGUGUCUCAGCAGGUAGAGGAACAAGAAAUACGGUUCCUCUUGUAA